AUGUCCAGUGCGGGCUUUACCAGCCCCUUCGGGGCGAACACGAAUCCGUUCGGUUCGUCGAGACUAGGUCCUGGUGCUAUCACCGAGGAAGAUGAGAAUGACACCGUCGCCUCUCCCACAACCCCAAACUUUGGAUUCACGACAGGCAGCGCUUUCCGCGGACCCUUUGGGGCCGACGCUUCGUCGGACCCUCAAACGUCUGGUUUACGAAGCCCACCGAACCCGGAAAGCUAUCCGGCCCAAUAUAACUUUGCCCGUCGCACCUCGGUCUCAGCAGAGUCACUCAAACCGGUUGCUGAUACCUACGAUAACUGGACUCCGCCUGUGCACCCCAAAUCGCCAGAGCAGUUGGAGCGACUCAAAAAGGCUAUCAGCGGAAAUUUUCUGUUCAGUCACCUUGAUGAGGAACAGAGCGCUCAGAUUUUGGGAGCUCUGGUAGAAAAGCCCAUCCCAACCAAGGGAAUCAAGGUGAUUACGCAAGGAGAUGCUGGCGACUUCUUCUACAUUGUCGAGAAAGGCUCCUUCGAUGUCUACGUGAACACGAGCGGCUCGUUGCAACCAGGACCGGACGGCAUGGGGCAGAAAGUCGGCACCAUCGAGGCCGGCGGUUCAUUUGGAGAACUUGCCCUGAUGUACAAUGCUCCGCGAGCUGCCACCGUCGUCUCCGCUGAGCCGCAGUGUACGCUAUGGGCUCUGGAUCGUCUGACCUUUCGCCGGAUCCUGAUGGAAUCGACAUUCGCACGCCGCCGCAUGUACGAGAGCUUCCUCGAGGAAGUUCCUCUUCUGUCUAGCCUUACCCCUUACGAGAGGUCCAAGAUUGCCGAUGCGCUAGAGAGUCAAAAAUACCCCGCGGGCCACACUAUCAUUCGUGAGGGGGAUCCAGGCCAUUCCUUCUAUCUGCUGGAGUCGGGCGAGGCAGUUGCCUAUAGAAGCGGCAACGAGGCUCCCGUUAAGCACUAUAAGAAGGGUGAUUUCUUUGGCGAGCUUGCCUUGCUCAACGAUGCGCCUCGUGCGGCGAGCGUCGUGAGCGAGACCGAAGUCAAAGUAGCCACACUCGGCAAAUCUGCAUUCCAACGACUGCUCGGCCCAGUUGAAGGCAUCAUGAGAAGAACCAAGUAUGUGGGUGUCAAGUCUGGCGUGGAAGAGAUGGACCCGUUGCAGGUUUCUUGA